GAAAGCUUAGAGAUGCAAGGAAUGUGGAGCCAACUAUGGAGGAAAUACGCCGAUUAUAAGUACAACAAGUUCGAGAGGUUUGCUGUCUGGGAAAUGAUUGAACCUUACCGUCGACCCAAAACCUUCACAGCUUUGAUUACUAUCUAUGUCGCCGCCUUUUACACCGGCGUCAUCGGCGCCGCGGUUACAGAGCAGAUUUACAAGGAGAAAUUUUGGGAGGAGCAUCCAGGGAAAACGGUGCCUUUGAUGAAGCCAAUAUUCUAUCGAGGACCAUGGAGGGUUUAUCGUGGUGAGGCUAUUGCUUCAGAUGCUAGCAGCCAGUGA